AUAAACAUGUCUUGCACAUGCGCGAAAUGAAAACAUCACGAACACAUGAUAUUUAUAACCUCAAAUUUAUUUUUCUCCUAACAUUGAAACUUUCCUCUCUUCAACUUACACUUACUUAAAAAUUAUUAAAUUUGAUUUUUAAUCAGCUUUAAUCGAAACUACUGUUUCGAGGUGAACGAAAUGCAAAUGCGAUUAUAAUGCAAAGUGUGUUCGCGGUAAAAUUGAUCGCGUGCAGAGCUUAUCCGGUCUCGUUGAUUUUCACGUCGUUUCGCGGCAAACACGUGCACCCGAAGCACAUAUUGAAGAUGAACGAGGCUUUCCUCCGCUACGAGAAGGGUAGCGAGGUGUUCGACAUCUCGUUCCGCUACGUGGACGAGACGAUGAAUGUCGACCGUCAGUUCAACUUCUCUAGACAGAUCACGGAGAGCGUCAACAAUUUCCUCAAGAGAGUCGACACAAACGUUUGCAAAAUCAUAAACAGAAAGGUGGAGAGAAAAAGAAAAAAAAAUGCCGCUUUGGAUACAUCUGCUCUGCCAAAUGACAAUGUGGAUACUGGGAAGAUCAUGCUUCUCAAGGAUGAUAUCAAAGUAGAUGGCAAUGUAUUAUGCAAGAACCUUUUACAGGAUAGUGCAAAACUUAAGCUAGUUAUUUUCGAGAAGAUGUUCUUAGUGAAACAGAAUGCGCCUUAUAUUAUCAAUAUGUUGUUACCAUCGAGCAUGCUAGUGGGUUUUCCGACUUACCCAUCUAAAUUUGAGUCAUUGUAUACUGACAAGAAACAAUCGAUAUUUAACUGGUAUAAAAAUGAUGCUAUUAACAACAAGUCAAAUGUAUGGACACACGUAGGAAGUGGAUUUCUGUAUGAACCAAAUGUGUCUGAUAUUGGUUGCAACUUAAAGAUUAGCUGCGAACCGCGAAAUGAAUCGGAUUCCGGUUGUAACAUGGAAGUGGAAUCGAAAAACGUUGUGGAAGCUGGUCCUGGACCAUGCCCAUUUGACAUUCGACACCAGUUUACAAAACAUAAAUUAUUAGGCAGAAGUUUUAGGAUAAUGUCUUAUAAUAUACUAGCAGAUACAUAUGCUGAUUCUGAUUUUUCGAAGGAUGUAUUAUAUCCAUAUUGUCCACAAUAUGCAUUAGAUAUGGAUUAUAGAAAGCAAUUAAUACUAAAAGAAAUAAUAGGAUUUAACAGUGACAUAAUUUGUCUGCAAGAAGUAGACAGGAGUGUAUAUGAGCAUGAUUUGUUGCCAUCUUUGUAUAUGUUAAAUUACGAUGGCGUAUUCAUUACAAAGAAUGAAAUUAACGAAGGACUUGCCACGUUUUUUAAUCAAGAAAGAUUCGAAAAAUUACGAUUUGAAUACAGCGUAAUAGCUAAAAAUAUCGAUUUUCCAAGAUUCACUACUAUUUGGUCCAAAAUUAAUAACAAUAAGACAAAAGAGAGAUUUUGUAGUAGAAAUACAACCAUUCAGGUAACGACAUUGCGAUCUAAAGAGAACCAAUCUGAAAUCUUGAUCAUCGGUAAUACGCAUUUAUACUUUAAACCCGAUGCGGAUCAUAUACGUUUAUUGCAAGGAUAUUACACGAUUACAUAUGUACAUGAAAUAGCGAAAAAAAUACAGGAAGAGAAUCCCGAGUGUAACGUAAGCGUAUUACUUUGCGGAGAUUUUAACAGUGUGCCGGAAUGUGGCAUUUAUCAGUUAAUGACUAAAAAUUAUGUUCCGGAAACAUGCGAAGACUGGAGAAGUAAUACCGACGAAGCUAUAGAAAAUGUAUCCCUAACGCAGGAUCUUUGCAUGUCUAGCGCUUGUGGUACGCCACAAUAUACGAAUUAUACGCCAGAGUUCUCUGGUUGCUUAGAUUACAUAUUUUACGAAAAAGAUAAAUUUGAAGUGGAACAGAUAAUUCCAAUGCCUAGUAAAGAAGAACUUACUCUUCAUACGGGUUUGCCAUCUGUAGUGUUUCCUAGUGAUCAUAUAUCCUUGUGCGCAGAUUUAAAGUUAAAAGAAUAAUAAAUAUACACAUUGAAAUUA